CCGUGAAUCUGGAUCAUGCACGUCAUUCGACACGGAAUUUAUGCUUCUCAUUUUUCCUGCUUUUCUUUUUCUUCUAUCCAAGGCCAAAGAUAUAUAUUUGAAACACUCUUCCGCAGCAUUUCUGAUGUGUCCUCUUUUUGCUGUUACGAUCCACGGCGAAAAAUCCACAGCGUUCAUUGUGCUCGCAACCAAGGAGUGGUUGCAAAAUGAACAUCGAUCUGUAUCAUAUGAUGGAAUUCCGGCCGGGAACGUAUUUGGUGGAUUUCAUAAAGUUUUAUUGGCCUUUAUUUUUACUUUAUUUUUACAUGCUUUGGCAGGCAUCCGUGGUAGGCCAAUGUUGGUGGGAGCAGGUGAGAGAGCAAAGGGAUAAAAGGAGGUGACGGGAUGUUUAUCCCGCAUGGUCAUCGCUGUUUACCAGAUGAGUGCAACCUCCAUCUGUAACAAAACACUCGAAAAAUCCAUAGCCAAAUUCGUCAUGGCAAUUUUGUAUCAGUGCUUGUCGCCGUGCAACAGGUCGCCUUGACGGGCGAAUAUAUUCUUGCCUAGAUCCUUGAACGGUAUCGCUUAAAGGUAUGUUCUGUUUCCUGGAUUAUGGGGUCAUUCUGAUGAACCUGUCUGCCCACGAUGCCAUCCCAAACCCUUU